GGGCCGCAAGCCCCUGCCGCCAUGGCCCGCGUCUCGGCGCUGCUCAGCCCCGUUCCUUGUUUGCUCUUCGGCUGCGACCUCUGCCUCGUGCGAGCCAACAGGCCACCAUCCCCUGUCAACGUGACUGUGACACAGCUGAAGGCAAACUCUGCCACAGUCUCCUGGGACGUCCCAGAAGGAGAUGUGGUCAUCGGCUAUGCCAUCCUACAGCAGCGGCAGGACGGGCAGAUGCAGCGCUUCAUCCGGGAGGUGAACACCACCAACCGCGCCUGCGUGCUGUGGGACCUGGCAGAGGAUGCCGACUACAUCAUCCAGGUGCAGAGCAUCGGCCUGUAUGGGGAGAGCCAGGCCAGCAAGCGCGUCCACUUCCGCACCCUGAAGGAGACUGACCGCCUGCCUUCCAACAGCUCCAACCAAGGUGACAUCACCAUGGAAGGGCUGGACAAAGACCGGCAGCUGCAGACAGGCGAGAUUAUCAUCAUUGUGGCUGUGCUGCUCAUGUGGGCCGGAGACAGAGCCAGUGGGGUAAAAGGAGCAACCACAGCCACUGCUCAGCUAUCAUGGCCUGGAGUAUGUGGAAGAGCAGGAGACAGUGUGGGACCCAGAAUUACAGGGUGGGAGCAUCCCACAUGACGGUAACGAGUGGGUGUGUUGCUUGGGCCUUAGCUAGUGUGUCUGACAUCUGAGAACACUGCUGCACUGGCUGGUGCAGCUGUAAGGUAGGUGAUGUGCUCCUGUACAGCAUGAUUAAGGCUAGUGCUCCAGCAGACAGCAGGUUGCCCUGGAAGCAUGGGAGCCUAGUAGGUAAGUCAGCUCCUGACUAGUCACAUGCAGCUGCUAUGAAUGGGAAGUCAUUGGUCCCCUACUCCCUUCCCAGGAAAAGUGGAUUUUGUAGUGGUAUAUUGCAGGAAUCUCUCCUUUUCCUGUCCUUGACACUUUUCUAGUGCACUGGAAGAAAAUACAAGACAACGUGGCACAGGUUGGUGUGUCAGAGUGCCAACAGGGAGGAGUCAGGCCCACUCUGUGUGUGCCUGAGUGUUAUCACACACACACUGGAGUUUGACCAGCACAGUCACAGCUGGGGGCAUCACUCCAUACUCCUGUGUCCAGGGUCCCCAGGUGUGGGACAUGCUGUGUGAGAUGGGUGCUGUGAAACCAUGGCAAAGUGACUGACUCUACAGCCAGUUUGCACAAACAAAGCCAAGGGCUGGUUUUUGUGAGAGUCACAAGCACUAGCCCUGUAACUUUAGUGCCUUGCUGGAGUUAGUCCAAAACUCAUCCAGCUGCUCAUUGACCUCACUGUCCCUCUCCAAGUGCCUGAGCAUCUGCCCUUGGUGAGCACUGAGCAUGUUCCGAGUGCCCCAGUGGCCUUGGCCACUUCCAUGCCUGUCUGCCCGAGGAGACUGGCCCAGCCCCACGUGCAGAGGUGCCUCGGGUGGUGCAGGCUGAU